AGCAUGUUUUCACGAUUCUCUGCAGAUGCAAACGUAAGAAGUAAGAACUUUCGAAGUUUUCCAGGUCGUGUCUUAUGAACUUGUCUGCUGCACCUGCACUUCACUUCAAUGCUGCUUACCCCUUCACUCACCCUGCGAUUCUCAACCACGAGAACCCCAUCACCUCAUUCCUCACGCAACGCAUUACUCACUCAAAGAAUGUGACUUUCCGAAUAAUGGUUAAGGGGAGGAGUCUAUCCACCAAGUUCCUCAACAUCUGCAUUGCCUCAAUGUGCAAGGCCAAGCAACUCGACAAAGCCGAAUGCGUCUUAAUCGACGGUGUAAAGCUCGGCGUCCUCCCUGACGUUGUCACCUUCAACACCCUGAUAGACGCGUAUUGCCGUUUCGUAAGCUUCGACGCCGGCUGCGAGGUUCUGGAGAGAAUGAAGGAGGCAGGAUUAACCCCUGACGUGAUUUCCUACAACUCGUUGAUGUCUGGUGCUGUUAGAAAAGGCCUUUUUCCAAUGACCCUCCACAUGUUCGACAAAAUGAUUGAGUCAGAGAUACGCCCCGACGUGUGGAGCUAUAACAUCCUCAUGCAUUGUUAUUUCCGGCUGGGAAUGCCUGAUGAGGCAAACCGUGUUUUCAAGGAUGUGCUUCUUAGCGCGGAGACUGACCCGAGCACUGCGACGUACAAUGUCAUGAUUAAUGGCCUAUGCAAGAAUGGUUAUGUGCACAACGCGCUGUCGAUGUUCAGGAACCUCCAGAGGCGUGGGUUUGUCCCUGAGGUUCUGACUUACAACGCGCUGAUUAACGGGCUAUGCAAGGCGCGGAGGGCGAACGAGGCGAGGAGGUUGCUUAGUGAGUUCCGUGAGGCGGGGCAUGAGCCGAACGCGAUUACUUUCACUACGGUCAUGAAUUGCUGCUUCCGGUGCGGGCGGUUGGAGCAGGGCUUGGAGAUUUUGACGGAGAUGAGGAGCAAAGGCUACACGUUCGACGGCUUCGCGUAUUGCACGGUGGUUGCCGCGUUGGUGAAGACUGGAAGGGUCGUAGAAGCCGAUGAGAUCGCGGAGCAGAUGAUGAGCAAUGGCGUGGAGCCGGAUUUGGCAUCUUAUAACACGAUGAUAUACCUCUAUUUCAGGCAAGGGAGGGUGGAUGAAGCAUUGGAGUUGGUGGAUCAGAUUGAGAAAGAAGGACCCGGUAAUGAUCAGUACACGCAUACUAUUAUCAUACAUGGUUUGUGUAAGGCUAAAAGAUUGAACGAGGCUGUGCAGCACUUAGACCACAUGAACUCGUUAGGGUUUGGUUUUAACCUCGUGGCAUCGAAUUGCGUGCUUGAUGGGUUGGGGAAAGCUGGUCACAUUGAUCGUGCUUUGAAGUUUUUUGAAGGCAUGGAGGUUAGGGACUCUUUUACUUACACAAUCUUGGUGCACAAUCUUUGCAGGGCUAGGAGGUUCCUCUGUGCCUCCAAACAUUUGGUCGCUUGUUUGCAAUGUGGUUUUCAGGUGCUGAAGGCCACUCGGCGAGCUGUUAUUGAUGGUUUGAUUAGUGAUGGGUUGAAGAAUGAAGCAAAGAAAGUUAGGUUGAAAAUACGGAAGGCUCAGUUGUUGCGUUGAAUUGGAAUUGCAGAUUGUUGCCUUGAGCUUUGGAUGUAUGUGUGUGCAUUGCUGGAAGAACCUUUGUUGAGCUAACAAAAGAAUGAAACAUUGAUUCUCAUCCAUUAGCGCCGUGAUUUGAUCGCCAUGACCAGCACUCGACGGAGAUUGUUAUCAUUAUGCUACAAGGCAUUUGGUGAUUUAGUAAGCAAACCGCUAUGGGUGUGUUUGUUUUCAUGUUGCAAUGCCACAUUCCAUGUAGGAUUUCUGAUUUCAAAUGCACAUUGGACAGAUCUCACUUGUUGGAUUGCCUGAGCGUACAUUCACGUCCCUCAAACAGUUAUCAAACAAGCACUAUAUCUUUUAGUGAUUUUUGCUUUGCCUGUUGGAAAAGAUGCCUUUGUUAUAUUGUAAUUGCUUAGUGAUAUUGACUAAUAAAGUUGAAGUUCUCAUGAGUGAGAUGGAUACUAUAACAGGAAAACACAAAAUUUGAAUGAAUUCAAAAUGACAAUUUCAUUCUUGGGGACAUGAUGAUGUGGCUAUUCAGAUAUUUGAAGAUUCUCUCUACUGCUGUAUGGAACACAUGGUAUUGGUGAAAACUGGGAAGCAUUUUGUAUUCUCCAGUCCUUCAUCCACUAACCCUUCUGGAAGCUAGUAAGUGUAUCAGUCUCAAAUAAAUAUAUGUUCCUAUAAAUGGUGUGGUCAAUUGUUCUACUGAGUUGUGAUCCUAUGGAAAGUCUUGCGUAGAAAUUCCUGUCAGGGAUUAUUUAUUACAAUUUUAUAUAUUUUGUAUUCCGCUUGUCUACCGACUACCGGGGAACAACUAUCAAAGUUGAGAAUCAUUCUACAGGGGAACUCUCCUAAUGAUAAAAUUGAGUUUUGGAAUGAAAAUGUAUUGAAUUUGCUAUACAGUA